AUGUCUACCAUUGUGUCGCCUGGUACCCUCGAGAUUGAUGCUCGGCUGGUUGAGAUUGUCCGGGUGGUUGUACACACCCCAGGACCUGCCGGUCCGACCACUAGCGACAAUCACUGGUCCAUAUAUCUCGUUCUUGUCGGCAGUCAAGGAUCGAUUCGAAUCAACAUGAGAGCCGACCCGGGCUUCAUCGACGGCAUUUUGGAGUGGACACAACAGCUUUAUCUGCUCAGUACCUCGGCCAUUCGAAAAUGGGAUUUCCCGCGGGCAAAAUUCUUCAGAGUUUGUGAUGUUGCAAAUCACAUUCGUGACGCUCGUCGCUUUCGAUAUGACAUGUCGGGCGGCGGCUCCGGAUGCCGUUACUGGGUGUAA